AUGCCUCUCACCGGACACUGCCUCUGCAAGGCCGUCACCUACUCGGUCGACGUCGAAGCCCCUCUGCUCACCGGCUACGAUCACUGCGACGACUGCCAGCGCCAGUCCGGCUCGACCUACUCCCUCGUCGCCGUCGUCCCCAAGGACAAGCUCACCGUCAACGGCCCCGUCAAGAAGUACUCCUCCAAGGGCUCCUCCGGCAAGGACGUCCACCGCCUCUUCUGCUCCGAGUGCGGCUCGCCCAUUGCGCACGAUCCCGAUGCCGCCCCCGAGAUCAUCGCCCUGAAGGCUGGUACCUUUGACUCGGAGCUCAAGAAGAACCUCAAGCCCGAUACCGAGAUCUGGACCGUCGGCAAGCUGCCUUUCUGCAAGGAGAACCUGGAGAAGCCGUUCAAGCACAUGCCUGAAUAA